ACCGUUUGACGGGUUUUAGCAGUCGUUGUUUUGAAUUAAACGAAUCGAGAGGCUUGUGCAGAAGCGAAAAAGUUCUUGUGCUAAAGUAUUGUUUCUUUCGUGUGUAAAAUGGAUGAAAUUGUGAAAUUCAAAGCAUGGGCCACAAAGCUGGGAUGUCCGCCGGAAAAAAUACCUCUAGAUGAUGCACUGAAAAAAUCGUUCCGUGGCGAACAAAGCACCAUGUUUCAGCACAUUAUGGAAAAGGUGCGUUCUCGGCAUGAGAUUGCAGCAAUGCGGAAAAAUGUGCUCGUUCAUAAGCUACAAAUUCAUAGAAAAACGGACAGCAUCGUUGCGAACGCUGCCUUCAACAUGCUUCCCGUUGAGCUGCAGCGCUUUUUGAAGAUACAGAAAUUGAAGAAGAAAAUCGACGAAACACGACUACGAAUGAAACAGUCUAUUGAAGGAUUCGAUUCUUUCAACUUGAAAAUCAAGGAAAAAAACGUUCAAAAACUACAGCUGAUGUACAAACUGGAUGAAUCGUAUGGUAAAGUUACGCUGCACAUGGCACAUGAAAAAACGCUAAAAUCCAAUCUCGACAAAGAAGCAAAACUGGUUCAGCGAAUCGAUCGUAUAAUGCCUAUCAAAGGGUCCGAAUCAUGUCACCCUGAUACAGCGCAGAAAGCCAUCGAACGAUGCAUCCAGUUGCUCGAGGUGUUUUACGAACAUUUCCAGGAUCAAAAUCAAGAAACAAGCCGUACUUUGCAGGAAGAACUCUGGACUGACUUGCGCGAUAUGCUGCGUAGCAUUCCGAAUCAUCUCCUGUGGAACGUACUGCUUACGAUGAAGGACAAACAUUUACGAGAAAUUUCCGAACACGAAAACGGACCGAACGUGCGUGAACAGAGUGUCACGCUGUCCGAUCUUGAUCUACUGCAGGCAAGCAUGGUAAAACUGUGCUCGAGUCACAUCAACGUGUUUCUGGAUGUUGUGUCCAUUCGAAACCAGGUGAAUGCGGCCCGAGCAGAGUACCUUGCCAAGUACACUCCGAGCUCGAACGAACUGGAAGCGAAGAUGGCCCUCGUAAACGUGAUGGAUGAUGAAGCGGAUGAAGCACUGGAAGAGUAUCUGGUGCAAUGGAACUCGCGCGAAUAUAACCAGGGCCAGAUAGAUUACAUGGUGCGUGAGAUCGAGCGCAAAAAGCAAGAGUUGCUCACGUACACCCAGAAGAUACAAAAUCACGAGCAACUGCUUGGUCAGCUAAGGGAAAUCUAUGGCCAGAUUGAGGAAAUAUCGAAACACAUGGAAGCAGAGCUGCAGCAGGUGCGUCAAAUUAAGCAAAAGGUGCACUACACGAAGUACAUGUGUCAGCACACGGUGCACACCAUGCGGCAAAAGAAUGGAAACAAUCAAACACUGAACAUGAGCGAUCAGUCAUUCAGCCGGCUAGAUACCACGGUUCUUCCUGGGGCAGGUGGUGGUCCUCUUUAUAACCCGGCCGUAUUACCUUCCUUCGUACGUGAGCUGGAAGUAUUCCGGCAGAUUCCGCUCUGGAAGUAUGUUUGUCGUUCCAAGGCAGCCCUGUUAAGCAUGGAACCGAAUGCUGCCAUUUUCCUGGAGCAGCCCACCGUUUUGGGCCUACUGCCAUGUACUGGCGUUAGUGCGGAAGUGUCACUAAAGCAGUUUGCCGAAAUUCAACAACUAGAGCAACACACAAAUGCUUCCGCGACAAACAGCUGCAGUGUCGUGGCACCUUCCAUCGAGCACGACCUGCUGCAACAACGUUGGAAGAUUAAUCAUGGCAAGAUAUGUGAGCUGCUGGAUAAAAUCGAAACGUUAACAAACAACUCUCGGCAAACGAUGGACAAAGUGCGAUUGUACUACAACUUCGCGCUAGCCAACAACAUGAAGAAAUACGUCCCAUCGACGAAGCUUUUCAAUGGCCGUAACUUCCGUGAGUACGAGAACGAAUAUCUCAUGUACUAUCGGAUGAUUUACGGCUUCGGUAGUGAUAGAUAGGUAAGCGCAUUUCCAAUUUAGUUUUUUUUUAAAUAAAUCAUUACACACGUUCAUUUCAUCUUAAAUAUUA